UUUUAUUUUGAACCGGAAGUUUCGUUUCUGUCUUGUCGGUGGCGCUGGAAGAGUUUGUAUAAGGCUCGGCUAGGAUUCUCUGUAGUGAUCUCUUUAUCGGCCACAUCUUACUGGACAGCUAACGUUGUAUUGUCUCAUACAGACGUAAACAGGCCUGGCUGUGUUGGCGCGGACAGAAGGUUAGCCUUGUUUCUAAGCCGCUAACGGCGUCUACUGGGCCGUUGCCAAUCUCCUACGUCUUGCUUUAAGUACGUCUGGGGAAGCCCACCCCCUGAGUGGCUACCAUGGGGGACGAUAGCGAGUGGAUGAAGCUUCCCAUCGACCAGAAAUGUGAACACAAGGUGUGGAAAGCUCGUCUCAAUGGUUAUGAGGAAGCGCUGAAGCUGUUUCAGAGGAUAGAUGAUGAGAAGAAUCCAGAGUGGGCAAAAUACCUGGGACUCAUAAAGAAAUUUGUUACUGAUUCAAAUGCGGUGGCUCAGCUUAAGGGCCUGGAGGCUGCUCUGGCCUUUGUUGAGAAUGCCCAUGUAGCUGGCAAGACGACAGGUGAGGUGGUGUCGGGCGUGGUGACCAAAGUGUACAACCAGCCAAAGGCCCGGGCUAAGGAGCUAGGCAUAGACAUCUGUCUGAUGUACAUCGAGAGAGAGAAGGCUGAAGUGGUGCAGGAUGAGCUGCUGAAAGGACUGGACAACAAGAACCCCAAGAUAGUGGUAGCCUGCAUUGAGACACUCCGGAAAGCUCUUAGUGAGUUUGGAUCUAAAAUAGUGACAUUGAAGCCAGUGGUGAAGGUUUUACCCAAGCAGUUUGAGUCCAGAGAGAAGGCAGUGCGAGAUGAAGCCAAGCUGCUUGCUGUAGAGAUCUACAGAUGGAUCAGGGAUGCUCUAAGACCUUCGCUGCAGAACAUUAACUCUGUACAGCUGAAGGAGCUGGAAGAGGAGUGGGUGAAGCUGCCUUCAUCUCCUCCAAAGCAAACCAGGUUCCUGCGCUCCCAGCAGGACCUGAAGGCAAAAUUUGAACAGCAACAAGCACAAGGAGAGCAGUCUGAUGGAGAGGAGGAGGUGGAUACAGCAGCAGCAAUGGAUCCUUAUGAGCUGCUGGAAGCUGUAGAGAUUCUGUCUAAAAUGCCCAAAGACUUCUAUGAGAAAAUAGAAGCUAAAAAGUGGCAGGAAAGGAAAGAAGCCCUGGAAGCUGUAGAGGCUCUGACCAAGAACCCCAAACUAGAUCCUGGAGACUAUGGAGACCUUGUCAGAGCACUCAAGAAGGUGGUGGGGAAAGAUGCCAAUGUGAUGCUGGUGUCAUUGGCAGCUAAAUGUCUGGCUGGACUGGCCACUGGCCUCAGGAAGAAAUUUGGAACAUAUGCAGGACAGGUGGUUGCAACUAUUCUGGAGAAGUUCAAGGAGAAGAAGCCUCAGGUUGUCCAGGCCCUGCAAGAGGCUAUUGAUGCCAUCUUCCUCACUACCACUCUUCAGAACCUUUCAGAUGACAUCCUGGCUGUGAUGGACAAUAAGAACCCCUCCAUUAAGCAGCAGGCUUCUUUGUUUCUGGCUCGCUCCUUCAGACACUGCACACAGGCCACAUUGCCUAAGAGCAUCCUCAAAACCUUCUGUGCUGCUCUCAUUAAGCAAGUGAAUGACUCUGCCCCAGAAGUGCGUGAUGCUGCCUUUGAAGCUUUGGGGACGGCAAUGAGAGUGGUGGGAGAGAAAGCUGUGAACCCUUUCCUGACUGACCUAGAUAAACUCAAACUGGAUAAGAUAAAGGAGUGUGCUGACAAAGUGGAGCUCCCUGGAGGAAGAAAGUGUGGAGGAGGAGGUGGUGCUGGAGUAGGGGGCAAGAAACCUGCAGCUAAAGCUCCUGCACCUGCUGAAGCUCUGCCCAAAUCCCCAGCUCCACCCAAGAAGAUCCAGUCUGCUGCUGCCAGCAAGCCGUCAGCAGGUCCACCUAAGAAAGCUAAACCACCCUCUGCAACUGGUGGAAAAACCAAGAAGACCUCUGACAGUAAAGAAAUCACAGAGAGUGAACUGUCUGCUGAGGUGUGUGAGGAGCUGGCAGCACGUGUACUUCCUGCAUCCUGUCUGCAGCAGCUGGACUCGGUCAACUGGAAGGAGAGACUGGCCAGUAUGGAGGAGUUCCAGCGGGCUGUUGAGACCAUGGAUAAGGUGGAGAUGCCUUGUCAGGCCUUAGUCAGGAUGUUGGCCAAGAAACCAGGCUGGAAGGAGACAAACUUCCAGGUGAUGCAGAUGAAGCUGCACAUUGUGGCUCUUAUAGCUCAGAAAGGACAAUUUUCAAAGACAUCAGCCUGUUUGGUUUUGGAAGCCUUGGUGGAUAAGGUGGGAGACAUCAAAUGUGGUGGAAAUGCUAAAGAGGGACUGACUGCUAUAGGAGAGGCCUGCUCACUGCCAUGGACUGCAGAACAGGUUGUGUUUAUGGCAUUUGCACAGAAGAACCCUAAAAACCAGGCAGAGACUCUCAACUGGCUGGCCAACGCAAUGAAGGAGUUUGGCUUCACUGGGAUUAAUGUGAAGGGUUUCAUCAAUAACGUAAAGACCGCUCUGGGAGCGACUAACCCUGCUGUUCGGACCGCAGCCAUCACUUUGUUGGGAGUCAUGUACCUCUAUAUGGGAGCUCCUUUGCGCAUGUUCUUUGAAGAUGAGAAACCUGCUCUCCUUGCUCAGAUAGAUGCUGAGUUUGAGAAGAUGCAGGGCCAGUCUACACCAGCUCCGAUCAGAUUCACCAAGAAGGCCACGGCAGAGGAGCAGUGUAAUGGAGAGGAGCAGGAAGAAGAUGCAGGAGGCCAAGACAUCAUGGACCUACUGCCCAGAACCGAUAUCAGUGACAAGAUCACAUCAGAGCUGGUGUCUAAAAUCGGGGAUAAGAACUGGAAGAUCAGGAAGGAAGGACUGGAAGAGGCUGCGGCCAUCAUCUCAGAGGCCAAGUUUAUCACAGCCAACAUUGGAGAGCUGCCUCUGGCCCUGAAAGGACGACUGAGUGAUUCCAACAAGAUUCUGGUCCAGCAGACCCUGACUAUCUUGCAGCAGCUGGCUACAGCCAUGGGACCUGGACUCAAGCAGCAUGUUAAAGCACUGGGAAUGCCUAUUAUCACUGUGCUGGGAGACAGCAAGCUUAACGUAAGGGCGGCUGCCGUGACCACUCUGCAGGCGUGGGUGGAACAGACUGGGAUGAAGGAAUGGUUGGAAGGAGAAGACCUGUCAGAAGAGCUGAAGAGAGAGAAUCCCUUCCUACGACAGGAGGUGCUUGGCUGGUUAGCAGAGAAGCUUCCCACCCUGAGGACAGUACCCACGGAUCUGAUGCUGUGUGUUCCUCAGCUCUACACCUGCCUAGAGGACAGGAAUGGAGAUGUAAGGAAGAAAGCUCAGGAUGCCCUGCCCACCUUCAUGAUGCACCUGGGCUAUGACAAAAUGACAAAGACUACUGGGAAACUCAAGCCUGCCUCGAAGGACCAGGUGUUAGCCAUGCUGGAAAAGGCCCGAGCAGUAAUGCCAGCUAAACCUGCUGCUCCUGCCAAAAUCGGAGGGGGGAAAAGCUCUGCAGAAAAAAGCAGAUCUGCUUCAGCCUCUAGGUCUCAGCCAGCUUGUGAAGACUUUGACAGUAAACCUGAAGUUAAGAAGGUCCGAGGAGGAGUGGCUGCUAAGAAGCCUCCCUCCCCUCCCGAGGAACCUAUGUCUCCCCCUCCCUCCAAGGACCAAGACAGUAAUGCUAGUAAAAAGCCCCCCGGCAAAGGGAAGGCUGCUGCUGGCAGUCAACAGGGUGCAGCUGGUAAGAAGCCUGUAGCCAAAGGCCUAAGGGACGAUGAAGAUAAGUCCGGGCCAAUCUUCAUCCUCAUCCCCAGUGCUAAGGAACAGAGGAUCAAAGAGGAGAAGCAACUGAAGAUUUUGAAGUGGAACUUCAUCACUCCUCGAGAUGAAUAUGUGGAACAGCUGAAAACUCAAAUGUCCACCUGCUUUGCAAAGUGGCUGCAAGAUGAGCUCUUUCACUUUGACUUCCAGAGACACGUCAAGGCUAUAGGGGUCAUGAUUGAGAGGCUGGAGGGUGAGAGCGAAGCCACCAUCAGCUGCCUGGACCUAAUUCUGAAGUGGUUCACUCUGCGGUUCUUUGACACCAACACUACAGUCCUGAUGAAGGUGCUAGAGUAUUUAAAGCUGUUGUUUGCCAUGCUGAACAGAGAGAACUACCACCUGACUGAAUAUGAGGCCAGUUCCUUCGUUCCCUACCUCAUCCUCAAGGUUGGCGAGUCAAAGGAUGUGGUUCGCAAAGAUGUGCGAGCCAUACUAGCCAUGCUGUGUAAGGUUUACCCAGCAUCCAAGGUCUUUCCUUUCCUCAUGGAUGGAACGAAGUCCAAGAAUUCAAAACAGAGAGCUGAGUGUCUAGAGGAGUUGGGUUGUUUGAUAGAGGGUUAUGGGAUGAACGUAUGCCAGCCAACUCCAGCCAAGUCUCUGAAGGAGAUUGCUGUGCACAUCGGUGACAGGGACACAUCUGUCCGCAACGCCGCCCUGAACACUGUGGUGGCAGUCUACAAUGUCUGUGGUGACCAAGUCUACAAACUAAUAGGAAAUUUGUCAGAGAAAGACAUGAGCAUGCUGGAGGAGAGAAUCAAGCGUUCAGCCAAGAAGACUUCUGCAGCUCCUGCCAAGCAGAGUGCCACAGAGAGGUCUGUGAGAGAGCACCUGACCAACCCCAACGCCACUUUUCUCCGCAAGCCUGCGCAGGAAGAACCCAACAAACUCAAAAUAAUGUAUCGCACAUAUAGGAUUCAAUCUCGUCAGAACAUCCAGCACAGCGAGUCCUCCCACCCGUCAAUCCCUAAGGAGUUCCAGUUGGACUUGGACAUGAUCGAGAUGGACCAAAACAGAGUGUGUGAUUUGCCAGACCUUGUCCAGCACAAGUUGGAUGAGCUGCUCGAGCCCAUCGUGAUCCCAGAACCCAAGAUACGCUCUGUCUCUCCGCACUUUGAUGACCUCCACAACAGCACGGCCUCCACAAUCAACUUUGUCAUCUCUCAGGUGGCUAGCAGUGACAUGAACACCAGCAUACAGGCACUGGCACAGAUCGAUGAAGUGUUGCGGCAGCAGGACAAAGCAGAAGUGAUGUCAGGACACAUUGAUCAGUUCCUCAUUGCAACCUUUAUGCAGCUGCGGCUCAUCAACAGCACACACAUGGCUGAUGACCGGCUGGACAAGAAGGACAUCAUCAAACUAUAUAGUUGCAUCAUAGGAAACAUGUUGUCUCUGUUCUCUAUGGAGUCCCUGGCCAGAGAGCCGUCUAUGGCUGUGGUGAAGGACCUGAUGCACGGUCUGAUAAUACUGAUGCUGGAUGGCAGGGUAGAAGAUAUAGAAGAUGGACAGCAGCUGAUCAGAUCUGUCAACCUGCUAGUAAUCAGAGUCCUGGAGAAGUCUGACCAGACCAACAUGAUCAGCGCUCUGCUGGUUUUGCUUCAAGACAGUUUAGUCAUGACAGCCGGCCCUCCCAUGUUCUCUGAACUAGUCAUGAAGUGUCUGUGGAGGAUGAUCCGCUUUCUCCCUGAGACCAUCAACAACAUCAACUUGGAUCGGAUCUUAUUAGACGUCCAUAACUUCAUGAAAGUUUUCCCCAAAGAGAAACUCAAGCAGCUGAAGAGUGAUGUCCCACACCGAACCCUCAAGACUCUCCUACACACACUCUGCAAGCUCACUGGGUCCAAGAUCCUGGACCACUUAUCAAUGAUAGAGAAUCGUAAUGAGUCAGAGUUGGAGGCCCAUUUGAGACGGGUGGUGAAACACUCUGGAAAUCUGUCAGGAAUCAAAGGCAACCAAGGCAAUGAGAAGUCUGGUCUGCGCCCGGAGGAUCGAAUGUCAAAGGCAAAGGUCAGUGACAUUCUGUCUGAAAUCUUCAAGAAGAUUGGUUCCAAGGAAAACACUAAAGAGGGUCUGACAGAGUUAUACGAGUACAAACAGAAGUACUCUGAUGCAGACGUGGAGCCCUUCCUCAAAAACACAUCCCAGUUCUUCCAAAGCUACGUGGAGCGAGGCCUUCGCAUGAUAGAGUCUGAGAGAGAGGGCAAGGCUCGCAUCCAACCCUCAGCAGUGAUUCCUCAUGAUGUGGACUCCAGUCUGGGCACCAACAGUGAAGAGCUGAAACCAGCUGUUUACUAUGAGAGACUCGAGAGGCUCAAGAUCCUCAGACAGAGACAAGGCCUAGAGAACACCUCCAGGCAGGGUGGUGGAGGGAGCGAGGAUGAGCCUCAGCAAAGACCUCCCAUCUCAUCCUUACUGACCUCAAAGCCGUCAGUGGCCUCCUCUACCGACAUGCUCAACAGUAAGCUGUCUCAGCUCAAAGAGUCCAGAGAGCUGUACCAGCAGGAACACAACACGCACUCCCACUCCCCAACCAACACACACACCCGCUCAGCCUCACCGGCGACCAACCUGGACGACUUGAAGAAACGUCUGGAGAGGAUAAAGAGCAACCGGCAAUAAGGAACACCACAUCACCACCUCAUCUCAGCUGCAAAGCCUGUGGAGUUCAGCUGGUUGUAGAACAUACAACAUCCUCCUCAUUAACUCACUUUGCAUUUGCGUAUUCUUGUUCUGGUAGAUGGGAAUAGAAACACUUGGACACUCAAGCCGACCCCUUUGUUUCAACCAAUCAGGUAACAACUGACAACCACCUGCUUAAAUUUGAACCUGACCCCACCCACUGUGCCUGUACAAUAACAGAAAUCAAAUGCACCCUGAUCUGAUUGGAGGUGAGACUGAACCGAUGUUCUGGCUGGAGUUUUAAGCUACACACGGUGCAGAAACAGUCCCAGUUAUAGCCUCUUUUCAGCCAACAGAUGCUUUAUUUCAGCAUCAUUGUUGUUUUUAAGUGUCAGCUAUUGGACGAGAGAGCUGAAAGACCGAGUCCAGGAGUGAGUAGUGUUGUGUGUACAGGA